UCCACUUGGAGCCCAGCAGGGAAGACAGCGAGACCACAGCUUCUUUCUCUAUGCCCGUGUGACAGCUGGAAGUUCCUAACCUGGUUGUAUCUAGAGUCAGUCCCAAGCUUUGUAGGUGUUUGUGCACCGGGCAGGCUGAGGGCACCCCAGGUGUGCGUUUGCAACAGGGCACCCCCACUGCCGGCCCACUUGGCUGUUUCACAGAUGGACCGAGCUCAGGGCCAUGUGACCUUUGAGGAUGUGUACAUCAACUUCUCCUGGGAGGAGUGGGAACUCCUUGAUGAGCCACAGAGGCUACUCUACCUCAGUGUGAUGCUGGAGAACUUUGCACUUGUGGCCACACUUGGUUGUUGGUGUGAAUCAGAUAGCAAGGAGGCUCCUUGUAAGCACAGUGUCUCUAUAGAAGCCAUGCCACAGACCAGGACUGCUGAAUCAAGUCUCUUGAUGCAAACUUCCCACCCCUGUGAGAAGUAUGACCCACUCCUGAAGCACAUUCUGCACCUGGCUGAACACCAUGGUUUAUGCCCUAAGCGGGUGCUGCAUGGAUAUGGUCUCAAUUUGAGAGGAUUCUUACUCACUGCAAAACCUUCCUGGCACAAGAAGCAACAUUGUGGAGAGAAACCCACUGGAUGGGACGACAGAGAAACGUCAUGUGUGAAGAAUGUAGUUCACAUGAUUGAGACAGCAUUUACAUGCAAAGAAGAAGAGAUGGACCAGCUGAACAGCUCCGCACUUCUUCAGCACCACACCCAGUGCACAGCGCACAGUGAGGGGAAUCUACACAGAAAGACUAAGUACCCCAAGCCUCUCAUACAUAGCUCCAGUCUUGGGAAACCCCAAAGAGAUAGUGAUGGGAUGACUCUCAAAGGCAGUGAUCAUGGGAAUGCCUCCCUGAGCACCGUUACUUCUCUUGACAAUCAUAUACCUCUUACUGAGGUGAAACCCUCUAGAUGUCUGCCAGUUGGAAAUGUGGUCAAGGAGACAUCAACUCUUUUUAAUGGCAGAAACAUCCACAAAAGAGAAACACCUUCUGUGUGUAAGGAGUGUGGCAAGGCCUUUAGUCACCUGUCUCAUCUAAAAAUGCACCAGAAAGUGCACAGUGGGAAAAGUCAUUACCCAUGUAAUGAGUGUGGGAAGAUCUUCAGCCACAAAGGCACACUUAUUCAGCACCAUAGGGUUCACACAGGGGAAAGACCUUUUAAGUGCAAUGAUUGCGACAAAGCCUUCAGUCGUAAAGACACACUUGCUCAACAUCGAAGAUGUCACACAGGAGAAAAACCUUACCAGUGUAGUGAAUGUGGGAAAUUCUUCACCCAAAAUUCCAUCCUUAUAAAACAUCAAAGGGUCCAUACCAAAGCAAGAUCCUAUGUUUGUAGCAAGUGUGGAAAAGCCUUUGGCUGCAAGGACACCUUUGUUCAGCACCAGAUAAUUCACAAUGGUACAAAGCCCUUUGAGUGUCGUCAGUGUGGGAAGGCCUUCAGUCACAAAGACACGCUUGUAAAGCACCAGAAAAUCCACAGUGGAGAAGGGCCCUAUAUUUGCAGCAAGUGUGGGAAAUCCUUUGGCUACAAAGUCACACUUGUUCAUCACCAGAAAAUUCACACUGGUACAAAGCCCUAUGAGUGUAGUCAAUGUGGGAAGGCCUUCCGCCUCAAAGGCACACUUGUAAAGCACCAGAAUAUCCACACUGGAGAAAGGCCUUAUGAAUGUGGUGAAUGUGGGAAAUUCUUUCGUCAAAGUUCCCAACUUAUUGUACAUCAGAGAAUUCAUACUGGAGCCAAACCUUAUGAAUGCAAUGAAUGUGGGAAAUGUUUUAGUCAUAGCUCUAGCCUCAUUGUACAUCAAAGAGUUCAUACUGGAGCAAGGCCUUAUGAGUGUAAGGAAUGUGGGAAAACCUACAUUAGUAGCUCCCACCUUGUUCAGCACAAAAAAGUUCAUACUGGAGCAAGGCCUUAUGAGUGCACGGAAUGUGGGAAGUUCUUCAGUCGUAAUUCUAGCCUCAGUGUUCACCGGAGAGUUCACACUGGAGAAAAGCCCUGUAUCUGCACUGACUGUGGAAAAGCCUUUAGCAGAAGUUCGCAUCUUCUACGACAUCAGAAAGUGCACGUGGAAAAGAAGCCUCGUGUGUGCAACAGCUUUGGUGACCUUUUAGCUGUACCUCUUAAACUUGUUUAGCAUGAAAAAUAAUUCAGCCAGGCAUGGUGGUGCACACCUUGAACCCCACCUUCA